AUGGAUGUGUACGCGUUGUCGCUAAGCAACAAUCAGUACAGUUCGGCUGGUGUCCAAGUCUCUAGUGGAGAAGACGGUGCAGCCGAUGAGAACGCCAUCAAAAUCGGCUGGGAGGUUUACCCACGCAUGUACGGUGAUUCACGCACCCAUUUAGGUGCUGUUUGGACGACUAAUGGCUUCGAAAAGCGCUGUGACAACACAAAUUGUCCAGGUUUCCAGCCUGAGGCUGGCGCGACCUUAGUUCUUGGCGACAUUAUUGAAUCCGUCUCCCGGCCGAACGGAACCAAGCAAACCAUCACAAUCAAACUCCUAAAGGAUGGUGCAUCGGGAGACUGGAUGGUGCACUGCGGACUUAACCAGCGUGACCCUACGUUAAUCGGUCGUUACCCCAAGUCGUUGUUCACUGGUGUCUUGGCAGAUCGGGCAUCCCACAUCCAUAUUGGAGGUGUGGUGGUUGCCUGGACUGGAGAUCUUGUUCUAAUGGGCAGCGGCUAUCUCCCAACAGACAAGGCCAUGGCCACGGCCAUGGCGGCAACCUUCAGCAACAUCCAAAUCGUUGACCUGAACGGCCAAGCUUCGCUCUUGUCCCCCAACUUGUCCGGGUAUAUGAGUAGCCCGGACACAUACUCUGUGAGUUCCGUGAUCAAUGGCAAGUUCUUCUAUGGUGGGCCCUUCCAGUUGACCGCUUGA